UUUUUUUUUUUUUAGGAAUGAUCAAUAAAUUAUCAAUGAAUGACAGAGGGGAUGCAAGUUUUGUCAGCUCAGUUGCCAGGAGCCUUUUUGGAGACGGGACCACAAACUGGGGCCGGGUCGCCAGCCUGGUGGCCUUCGGGGCAGUGGCGUCUCAGUACCUGAAGGAGAAGGGCAGGGGCCACUGUGUGGAGCAGGUGGGACAGGAGCUCUCUACCUACCUGCUGACAGAGCAGAGGGACUGGCUGCUCAACAACAACUCCUGGGAUGGCUUUGUUGAAUUCUUCGGGGUAGCAGACCCAGAGUCCACGGUGAGGAUCACACUCAUGGCAUUUACUGGAUUUGCUGUUAUUGGAGCAAUACUUGCCCUGUUGAUUUAAGGCUUCAAUCCUGGACAUAAGACAAAGGACUUUGUAGGAUCACCCCAUUGGUUCAUGGCCUCUUUCCUGGGCUCACAUCCACCCCAACAGCAAAAUAAGUCACACAUUUGAUGUUGAUUACAUGGACAAACUUUGCCCACGGCGAUCGACUGUAAAAUAAAUGUUUUAUUUUAUUUUUGAAUAAGCUGUUUGAUCUGAUUUUUAUCUUGAUGUUUUUUUCUGCAUAAUAAUAUUAGUUUCCUGGUGGUGGUGGUGCCUCAGUUCAAAUCAGGAAGGGAAAACUGGUCCUUUUUUUUCAGUGGAUUUGCAUGUGUUCAUGUGUUUGUUGUGAUUGGGUGCACCAAGGGUGAACAUAGUUGAGGAAUGUUUUUCCUUAAGAGGAAGCAGACAUUGAAUAAUGGUUGAGUUCCAGUGUAAGCUUCUAACUAAUAAAAAAGUUGAUAUAAUUCA